CCCACUGGGCAACAGGCUUAAGAGCAGAGAGGACAGCUGGCUCUGCAGACAAUCCAGUCCUGUCCCAAUCUCCAAUCAUGGUUUGGCUGCCUCUUCUUCUCAUCCUCUCCUCUUACUUCAUGGGGAGUCUUUCCCAAGUCUUGACACAACCAGCCUCUGUGUCUGGAUCUCCUACAGAGACAAUUGAUAUCUCUUGUACCAAAAGCAGUGGAACGAUUGGAUCAGGAUAUUCUUCCUGGUAUCAACAGAAACCUGGCGGUCCCCCCAAACUCCUUAUAUAUUCCGAUAGCAGCAGAGCCUCUGGAAUCGCAGCACGAUUCUCCGGUUCUGUUGAAAACUCUAGGACAUCUGCAGUGUUAAGCAUCUCCAAUCUUGAGGCAGAAGAUGACGGUGAUUAUUAUUGCCUGGAAUAUUUGGAUGGUGGCCAGUGGGUGUUCGGAGGAGGAACCGAGCUAAUAGUCACAGGUCUGCCCACCGUAUCUCCUUCGGUGCAAGUCUUUGCUCCUUCCCAGGAAGAGAUCAGAAGCCCGAACCCACAUACCGUGGUCUGUCUCCUGAGCGAAUUUUACCCACGUAAUUUUGACCUGCAAUGGAAAUGUGAUGAUAAAGUGAUAACAUCUGGAGUGGAGACCACCAAGGCCACCAAGCAAGGGGACAAAAACCUUGCCAGCAGUUACAUGAAAUUGAGUGCGUCUGACUAUGAAAAAUGUGGCACUUUCACCUGUCAAGUGACGCAUGAAGGAAAGACCAUUGUGAAGAGCGUGUCAAAAUCUGGAAGUUGUUAACUCCGUCAUGUAUCCUCUCCUGCCAUUCAGCAGGAGACAGGAGUCCCUUUUCCUGGGCUCUCAUUCAUUCUUUCCUAAACAUUAGUGUGAUCCAUAGUGUCUCUUUCUAUCCCAUGUAGUUACACUCUUUGUACCCCCUCCAUGCCUUCGCCCUUCAAAUCGAUUCCCCCCUCUUGAUCUGCUAGAUUCUACUGUCAGAACAUUAAUAAAGAUGGAUGUAUUUCAUU